AAUCUUUUUUCUCUUUAUUGUUGUAUAAAAUCUUACUCUACGAUUAUAUUCAUAAUUUAUACAGUCACUUAAUUGCAUAGGUGAAAAUUGAACUGGAUUUGCGAAAAGCCAUUUAACGACUAUGGCUGCACAAAUAUUCAAUCGUAUUGGUCAAUUAGGUCUUGGUUUAGCAAUAGCUGGAAGUGUAGCCAACACAGCAUUAUAUAAUGUUGAUGGUGGUCAUCGAGCUGUUAUCUUUGAUAGAUUUACAGGAAUAAAAAACACUGUUGUUGGAGAAGGAACACAUUUUUUAAUUCCAUGGGUGCAGAAGCCUAUUAUUUUUGAUGUCCGUUCUCGCCCCAGGAAUGUACCAGUUAUCACUGGUAGCAAAGAUUUGCAGAAUGUUAACAUCACUCUCAGGAUAUUGUUUAGACCUCUACCUGAACAAUUACCAAAAAUAUACACCAUUUUAGGUGUGGAUUAUGAUGAACGUGUCUUACCUUCAAUUACUACUGAAGUUUUAAAAGCUGUAGUUGCACAAUUUGAUGCUGGUGAACUAAUUACGCAAAGAGAAAAUGUUUCUCGUAAAGUUAGUGAAACUCUUAUUGAACGUGCUGGACAGUUUGGUGUUGUGUUGGAUGAUAUUUCUAUCACGCAUUUGACAUUUGGUAAGGAGUUCACGCAAGCUGUAGAAUUAAAACAAGUGGCUCAACAAGAUGCUGAGAGGGCGAGAUUUUUGGUAGAAAAAGCCGAACAACAAAAACAGGCUUCUAUUAUAUCAGCCCAGGGAGAUUCUGAAGCUGCGUCUAUGUUGGCAAAAUCAUUUGGAGAUGCUGGUGAAGGUUUGGUUGAAUUGAGAAGAAUUGAAGCUGCUGAAGAUAUAGCCUACCAAUUGUCAAGGUCUAGACAAGUAUCAUACUUACCUCCUGGACAAAACAUUCUUCUCAACUUACCAACACAAUAAUUUCCAUUUAUGCAUUUAGGAAUUGAUAGUUAGUUAUGUUUUUUUUUUUCUUGUCUUAACUUAUGUAAGUCACAAUGUACUAUAAAAUCCGAUUAUAUAUUAUUAUAUUGAAUCAAAAUUUUUUUUUUACGUUUAAAUAUGAUUUUGGUAUAAUAAAAUCAUAGAUUUAUAGGAAUAGGACAUCAAAAACUGAUUUCUACUUAUUUUUUUACAAAUACCAAAACAACUGCUUAAAGAGUCUAAA